AUGUCUCCUUCAGCGCUCACACCUCACCCGGGCUUCGACGUGCAGGAGUUCACCAAGGACACCAAGGAGCAAUUCAAUUUUGGAGCAGCAAUCACUGGCCUUAACAUCAACACCAUUUCCGAUGCGGACGUGCAGCAUCUCAAAGAUGCGAUUUGGACUCACAAGGUCGUCAUCGUCAAGGGUCAGAAAGACCUUGCGCCUAAGAAGCAGUGGGAACUUGUAAAGAAAUUCGACCCAGAGGCUCCGCACGUCCAUAGUCAUGGCGAUAUCAAGACCUUCCAGGCAAAGGGCGGUAUGCUCUCAAAGAAGCGUGAAGUAGUGGGCAUUCCAGGCGCCGAGAACGUUCGCCUGAUCGGUAAAGGAUACCAAGGAGCGGAUUCCUAUGGCAUCAAGGACAUGACUGUCACUGGCCUCUCGCACGACUUUCACGCUAAGGAUCUGCCGGAUGACGAGUUUCAGGCUGGCCACACUCGCUUCCAGAGAUGGCAUAUUGAUGCUCCGUUAUACGAUCGAGAACCUGCAUGGUUCACCACACUCCGCUGUGUGAAGAAACCUAGCGGGGACGAUGUCACUGUUGCUUGGGACGACGGUACAGCGUAUAGCAUGCAAUGUCCUCCCGGCCUGACAGCUUUCUUCAGUACAAGCCAGCUGUAUAGCAUGCUCACCCCAGAAGAGCAGCAGAUUGCUGACCACAGUUGGGCUGAGUACUGGCCGCAUCCAUACAUGGCCAUCGAGCACUGCAAAGGUAAUGCGAAUGGUUUGGGGCUUGUCAACCAAGGCAAAGAGCACACACUCGAGGAGCUCGGCGAGUACAAUGAGAGCAAGAUCAAGAGAUACCCUCUAGUUUGGGUCAAUCCAGUCACUGGCGAAAAGGCCUUCCAGGUACACGGAAUAACAGUCCGCAAGCUCUUCCUUCGAUCCAGUCAAGACCAAGUACCGCGAGUCCUGGAGGAUCUCGCAGAGAUUCGAAAAUUCAUUUCAGACAUUCAGCUGCGUGUCCUCAAACCACAAUACAUCUGCAUGCCACGAGUAGAGGAGGGCGAUAUAGUGAUGUGGGACAAUUAUGGAGUCUUCCACACGGCCAUAGACUAUCCACUUGAGGGCCAUGGCCCAAGGACGAUGCAUCAGGCGAAUAUUGGUGCGAGUAGAGGGCCUGUUGGCCCACAUCCCAUUCCUGUAGCUUAG